GCUGACCAGUGAGAACCACUUGUUUAACUAGCUGUAAGGCGUGGCUCUCUUCGAUCGUCCCGUUCAUCGGAUUUGUUCUCAAAAGCGACCCGCAGUCUCCACAGCAACAGAAAGAGAAAGAGCCCUUGGGCUUCAGUCCGUCAGGCGGGAGCGGCAAGUAGGCGUUGAGGAAAACCUCUCCUCCAGCGGAAUACCUUCGGAAACGUACUACGCGUCCCCAAACCUGCGUAUGAAAUGACUGUGCGCGGCAAUCGCUGACUGAGUUACACGGCUGCGACUCUCGUGUUUGCGCCACCCAUUUCUGAAUCUGCAACUUCCGCUUAGGAAAGCGCCCCCAAAAAACGAUCUGAGGUCAGCGGAUCCAUCCGCAAUCCCAGCUACUGCCAUUUUCCGGCAAUGCUGGAUGGUGAACCAGAAUCAGCGAUGAUCAGCGGCCGGCGGCUACACCCUGCACUCGCGUGUAUUGCCGCGAUUCGGCGUCACGUGAUGCGCGAUGACAGCGCAGCUCACCUGUAGUUUCCGUGGAGAGCGCAGAUCUUCCUCAGCCUGGACCGAAUGUAAACACGGAUCCGCAGAGACAGAAAGAGGAACUCGGGUUCGGCGUUAGUGCAGACGGGUCAUUGUUUCCAGUUACAAGCUUUGCCAGGGGUGUCAUCAUGAACGAACGGAGGAACUACCGCCUGGCCAACAUCGCCGAGGACUACCGUCAGCGCGGCCGGCCCCGCCCCGUGCCCGCCCCCAGCCCCGCCCCCGUGCCCUGUGACCUCUGCUGCCCGGGCGACGCAGCGGGGGCGGUGAAGACCUGCCUGCAGUGUGAGGUGUCUAUGUGUGCGGAACACCUGCGGCCUCACCUGGAGCGGCCCGCCUUCCGCACCCACCCCCUCGCCCAGCCGCUGGGAGACGCCCGCCAGCGCAAGUGCCCCGCCCACGACGAGCUGUACCGCUACUACUGCCCGCAGGACCGCGCCCUGCUGUGCCAGGCCUGCACCAUCGAGGGCCAGCACGCCGGGCACGGCCUCCAGACCCUGAAGAACACCAUGAGAGACCUGAAGGAGGCUCUGCAGGUACAGGGGCAGAGGCUGAACAGGAGGAUUUCUCGCUCAGAGAAGUUCCUACAGCUGCGUGCUGAUGCUGAGCGUGAUAGCCAGAGGUUUGUGGAGGGGGCGGAGCAGCAGGUGCAGGUGGUGGGGGGGCAGGUGCAGGGGCAGCUGGGGCUGUUCCUCUCCGCUCUGCGGGAGUGCGUGCGGGCGCACAGUGGAGCGGGGCCAGGGGCGGAGCUGCAGCGCUGUGGGGGCAGGAUGGCGGAGGAUCGGGCCCAGCUGCAGCAGGCCCAGAGCAGCCUGCAGGCUCUCCUGCAGCAGAACGACCCCUUCCUCUUCGUGCAGGAGUACCAUUCAACUGGGAAAAUGUUGCGCAGAGCGCUGAAGAGGCCAUUGUCCUCUCCAGGCAGUGUGUGUUUGGACAGAGAGGCUCUUGUUGAGGCUAUGGAGGCCAAACUGGAGGAGUUUCAGACUGAAUUCAGACUGCAGAUCUCUGACCUGAUCCACACUGUGGGUCUGGAGACCGAUGGAGAAGAGGAGGAGGAAGGACGAGAGGAAGAAGUGGAGGAGGAAGAGGAGGAUGAGAGUGAGAGUGAUGAAGAUGAAGAUGGUGAUGAGGAAGAUGAGAUAAGAAGUGAGGGGGAUGAAGAGGAUGAUCACAGCGAAUCUGCUGAUGACUUGUACCACCCGGAGGAAGAGGAGGAAGAGGAAGAUGUGUCCUCUGACUGAAGCCAUACAGAGACUCUGUACGGUACUGCCCAGAGACCCAGAGACUCUGUACAGCUUGGACCUAAUUUUAGUGAAAUAAUUAGUACAAUGAGGUUGUUGGAAUUGUGUGGCUGCUAUUAAAACUGUGAAUGUUAUGGAAAAAA